AUGCGUUGUUUUCCAGUGAAGACAACGAACAGCACUGCAGAGGAGCUGGAGGAGCCUUGUGGGGGUGACUUCCUGGCCUCCCUCCCCGAGCAAACCUACCUCGAGGUACAAGCCCAAGAGCUGAGGGCUCCCGCGCGGGGUGCGGCGCGUCCCCCGCCCGCCGGACCUCGGCGGUCCGAGUGUCCCUGCGCCGUCGGCGCGCCCGCCGGCAGGGCGACCCGCGGGAGCGGCAGCGCGGGGCUGGAGCGAGCCGGCCUCUGCGACGUCCCCCGGCCAGGAAUUCGCUUGCGGCUACGACGGCGACAGCGGCGGGGACACAGGGCGGGGAGGCGGCCAGAUCAAAGGGAGCCGCCCGCCCGGCCGAGACUGUCUGGGCGCGCCGAGGAGCCGCCCCUCCGGGAAGCGCGGAGGACGUCCCGGGCGCUGACCCGAGAAAGGCGCGGCGCCCCCCGCCCCGCGCGCCCCCGCGGCCGCCUGUCUCCCCCCCCACCCCCGCCUCCCGCGCCGAGCCCCGCGCGCUCCCGGCCCUGGAGGAGCGCGGGGCUCCUCCUCGGCGUGGUGCUGCUGGCGGCGCUGCUGGCCGCGAACCGGGCGCUCCCCCUGAGGAAGCCGCGGCCCCGAAGCCCCGCGAGGCUGGCGGAGGUGAGCGGCGGGGCCGGGGCGCGAGCGGCGACCUCCGAGGGCGGGCGCGGGGCGGGGGCCAGCCCCAUCAUGCCUCAUGUGGGCACCAUCUGUCCAAACAGUCUGUGGACAUGGCCUCACUCACCCUCUGAGGUGGUGAAGCAGGUAUCAGCCUUCCCAGAUCCCAGCUCUCCUAGGGAAGAAGAGGGGAACCCACUGCUCCCCAGAACCCUUCAGGCAGGGCCAUGCCGUCAUAGGUGCCGGGCUCUCAGUGAGCCAGCAGCCUUGAGCCCAGACAGGGCGGCCCCUCCCAGGACCCUGGAGGACACUCCCUUGCUGCUUGAGCUGCAGAAGCUGCCAGGAUUGGCCAACACAGACUUGAGUGCCCCAAACCCCAAUAUCCAAGUGAGAGCUACCCCCAACCCGGGGCCGCUGAGGGAGUUUGCUAUCUUUGCUGUUAUUUUCCAGUCCCACAAUGAGCCCCAGGGCUGUUGGCGGCCCCUCUGGCUGGGCAGCCCGCAGGCCCGUAGAGUCACCAUUCACAGCCCGCGUCUCUUAAACGAGCCAGGAAGGUUGGUGAAGAAAAUGAGCCGGUUUGGAGGGAAGGGAGGGCCUCUGUCCCUGCCGCCGGCACUCGUCAUGAUCCUGUCUUUGGAGUCUUGCCCUGAGCCCUCCUUUGCCGGCCGGCCUGGGUCUGUCCUUCUGCAGGUGACCGUUGAGGUGGUGGAGGAGCCCCAGGCCGAGGUGGAGAUGGACCCCGCCGAGCCCAGCCGCUGCUGGCCCCAGGGUGCCUCAAGCUGGCUGCCCGCCAAGGAGCUCUUCUGGCCCCUAUUCUGCGGCCACCUGGAGGGUGAGGAGGGGAGGACUGAUCUCAAGGGCAGAGCCCCAGGGGACGAAGAGGAGGAGGAGGGUUACCCUGCAGAGCACGGUGAGAGCAAGGCCCAGGAGGACAGCGAUGAGGAGGGGGAGCCCGGGCUCAGUGCAGACAGCUGGGAGCAGGGCUGGCUGGCCCCCGGGGACUGGGCCUUCAAGGAGACAGACGGCUAUGACUAUGAGCUUCCAGAGGAGUGGAGCCCCUGGUCUCCCUGUGGUGGGAGCUGCAGCAGCGGCAGCCAGAGGAGGACUCGGCCCUGCGGCUCCACCUGCACGGCCACCGAGUCCCGAGCCUGCGACCUGCACCCUUGUCCUGGCACCGAGGACAAGGACCCCUUGGGCUUCCCCAGUGAGCAGUGGCAGCCCCUGGCCCACAAUGCUACGCACAUGCUCGGUCCAGAUGUGGACAGCUGUGAGGAGUGGCUGAACUGCAAGAGUGACUUCCUGGCCAAGUACCUGAGUCACGUGCUGCAGGACCUGCCUGGCUGCCCCUGCAUGUACCCACUGGAGGCCCAUGUCCAGCGCCCCGUGAGCCUGCAGGAUGAGCCCCGGGACCGCAGCUUCCGCUGGGGGGAUGCGAGCGGCCCGCGGGAGCACCUGGCCCUGUAGCAGCCCUUGGCGCGCUUCUGCUUGCGCUCCCCGCCGUCGGUGGCCAGCCGCGCCCUGGCCGCCCAGCACCGCCGCUACGGCGCGGGCAGCCAGCUGCUGACCUGGGGCAAGGGCGCCGGCGCUCCCGACCUCGUCAGCACCCACUUCUUGCCCGAGCUGCCCUUCAGGGUGGCCACGCUGCCCUGGAUCCUCUGCAAGGGGGACUGGAGCCGCUACCAUGCCGCGCGGCCCCCAGACAACGGCCGGGCCUGCGCCGACAACCCUCCUGAGGACGAAUACCUGGCCCAGUUGCAGGAGGCUAAGGAGUACUAA